AUGUUGAAAUCAGCUUCAGGGGCACUGGUUAAUGUCCUGAGAAAGUCCUUGGUGCCGGCGGCAAGGAUCAGCGCCGUACCCCUGCGGCGGUCGCAUGGCGGUGCCGUCGAAUCCGACGAGGAAUUCGAUUGCAGAUAUGAGCAAUUCUUUAACAGGAAAGACAUUGACGGGUGGGAAAUCCGCAAAGGCAUGAAUGACUUGUGCGGUAUGGACCUUGUCCCUGACCCAAAGAUCAUUAGGGCAGCAUUGCACGCAUGCAGGAGAGUGAAUGACUACGCUCUUGCUGUUAGGUUCAUUGAGGCCUGCAAAGAUAAGUGCGGUAACAAAGUCAAUGAAAUCUACCCUUACAUCAUCCAGGAAAUUAAGCCCACAUUAACAGAGCUUGGCAUUGAAACUCCAGAGGAGCUCGGCUACGACAAACCAGAACUAGCUUUAGAGAAUGUUUACGACAUGUAA